GUUUUAAUAUUUGUCUCUCUCCGUGGACUUGACUUGGUAAGCAGUCGCAGAGAAUAAUUAGGAAACAAGUGAAGUCAGUGAUAGUCAUGUUGUGCCAUAGCCAUAGCCAUGGAGCUUCUGGGUUCUCUCAACAAGGAAGACAUAUUGGACCUCGUCUCUCAUGGCUUCUGUUCCCACUGCGAGUCUCUCCUCCAUUCUCGAAUUACAUCCCUUCGUAAAAGAAAAUUGGAUGAAACUUUGUCUCCUGAUGAAGGAUUUGGAUCUUCUCAUGGACUGGACUUGGACAUGCCUGUGGCUGUGAAUAAUGGAAAUGUUUCAAAUUCAGAAUCUUUGACUGAAAGGCAUGGAAACCAAUGGGAUAGUCAUAGUCCCAGAAACUCCUCACAGAGGCGUGAUUCUACUAUGUCAAUGAAGGGUGAUGAUAAUAAUAGACCCAAUUUUGAUUCCUCAACUAAGUAUUUGGUGGGGUGCAAACAAUCUGAUUUUGAGUUAUUGUUAAACGAUGGAAUUUGUGGGAAUUCUACAUUUGAAAAUGGGUUAUCAGAGGAAAAAAAGGAGCGUUUAAGGUACUCUCGAGUGCACAGUAAAAAGGACUUUACCUACACUGAAAGGGUGAAUGGGAGAGACAUGAAUGUGCUCCAGGGGCUUGAACUUCACACUGGAGUUUUCAAUGCUGUGGAGCAGAGAAAAGUUGUUGAGUGGAUAUACAGAUUGCAAUGGAGGGGACAACAGGGGAAACUCAGAGAUCGAACAUAUUCAGAACCAAGAAGGUGGAUGCGUGGUAAGGGACGAGUGACACUACAAUUUGGCUGUUGUUACAAUUAUGCAGUGGACAAGAAUGGUAACCCUCCUGGCAUAGUGAGAAAUGAAGAGGUUGAUCCAUUACCAGCUGUGUUCAAGCAAAUGAUAAAGAGAAUGGUUAGGUGGAAUAUAGUUCCUUCCACAUGCAUUCCUGAUAGUUGCAUUGUGAACAUAUAUGAAGAAGGAGACUGCAUUCCUCCUCAUAUUGAUCAUCAUGAUUUUGAGAGGCCAUUUUAUACAGUGUCAUUCUUGAAUGAGUGCAACAUAUUAUUUGGUUCAAAUUUGAAAGUUGUUAGUGCGGGAGAGUUUGCAGGUCCUGUUUCCAUUUCUUUGCCUGUUGGGUCGGUGUUCGUUUUGAAUGGUAAUGGAGCUGAUGUUGCUAAGCAUUGUAUUCCAUCCGUGUCUUCAAAAAGGAUUUCUAUUACUUUUAGAAAGAUGGGGGAAAGCAAGUUACCGUAUAAGUUUUCACCGGAUCCUGAGUUGGUGGGAAUCAAGCCACUAAAAGAACUUGAAGGACAACAUGAAGUUGAGAACUUAGAUUUCCAACAACACAAGGCUAACAGUGUUGAAUCUGAAUCUAAUACAGUUUGGAAUACGAGGAAGGCAUUGUUUCAUUCGGAAAAUGAAUUUCCUCUUCAUAAUGGUAGCUUUAGAAGAAUGAAGAUCAACAAAUUCGGACGCAGGUCCAAACAAUAGGUUCAGUCGGCUUGUUUUCAUUAUAUUUUAUUAUUGCUUGUGUUGAAUUUUUCCAUGUGACUUCUCUUAACUUCUUAUGCGAUCAAAACUAGAAUCAGAUGCUAUGUGUGAGGUUCUUAUAUUAUAUUUUGUUAAAAUAAGAAUGUUGUGUUUUUGUCUCUCUAUAAUAUUCGUAUGUAAUUUUA